AUGACUCGGAUCCAAGUCCCCUUCCCUUCCCCUACUACCCUGAAGAAGUUCCCUCAUAUCCACGAGGACCCUGCUACCCUGUCCCAUGCUAUUGACCCCUUCACCAUUACUACCUCUUCGGGCUUCCUACCCUAUGCUACGGCACCCACUACAUUGCCGGAGGCCUUCCAGCCCCUGGCUGAUCUCCUUGAUCGUCUGCCUGUAGUCAAGGAGGACGGCAAGCCUGGUCUGCUGGCCACUUAUGAGCUCGGCCCUGCUUGCAAGGACUUCCCGGACCUCACAGAUGAAAUUGAUAAGCUUGUCACCGCUGAUGGGUCGCCAGACCUCUUCAACAUCACGGCCGUCUUCCGGGACUAUACCUUCCUGGCCUCGUCGUACCUGCUCGAGCCAUGCUGGGAAAACUGGACCAAGAACCCAGAUAAUGGGUACGGUCUUGGUCGGGAUGUUCUGCCCAAGGCUAUUGCUCGCCCUAUGUACCAUGCUGCUCAAAUUUUGGACCUUCCACCCUUCAUGUCCUAUGCGGCCUCAUACGCCCUCUUCAACUACCAUGUCGCCGACCCUGCAAAGGGCCUCGCGGAGUAUACUAACCUCCGCCUGACCCGCGCGUUUGAGCGUGGCCUGGACCCCAAGAGCUCCGAGGCAGGGUUUAUCCUGACUCACGUCGACAUGGUGAAAGAGACUGGCGGACUCAUCAACGGUGUCCUGAAAGUGGUCGACACUCUCGAGCAGCAUGGCGAUCGUCAGGAAAUCAAUGAUGGAUUCCGUGAGAUCUUGACGACCAUGGAGAAGAUCGAGGAAUCCAUGGAGACCAUGUGGGGGAACUCCAAGCCAGCCGAAUAUCUCUCCUUCCGUGUAUUCAUCUUCGGCAUCACCUCGCAGUCGAUGUUCCCCAACGGCGUCAUCUAUGAGGGCUGCGAGGACGACAAGCCCCUCAACUUCCGCGGCGAGAGCGGUGCUAAUGACAGCAUUAUUCCCCUGCUCGAUCACCUGUGCCAAAUCCCCAUGCCCUCUACACCCCUAACCAAGAUCUUGCACGAGUUCCGUGCCUACCGGCCCCUGCCUCAUCGCACGUUCCUGACCUACAUCCGCGAAAAGGCCGAGGAAAUUGGCGUGCGCGACUACGCAGUCCAGGACUCCGAGACAGCCGUGCUCUUCCUCAGGACGUUGGACCAUGUCCGCAGCUUCCGCUGGCGCCACUGGCUCUUCGCGCGGGAGUACAUCAUUCGUCGCACGCCGCACCCGACUGCCACUGGUGGAAGCCCUAUUGUGACGUGGCUGCCUAACCAGCUCUCGGCUGUCAUGGACCUGAUGGUCAGCAUCUACGACACGUAUCUUGCGCCGAAAGAGGGUGUUGCUGUUGUUUCGAAUGGGGCCAGCGGUAAGCAGGAUCUGAUUGCCUCGCACCGGAAACAGGUCGAGCCCAUGAUGGAGCGGGUGCGUGACCAGCGGGACAAGCUGGCGAAGGAGGUCGAGCGCUGGUGCAAAGAGCGCGGGGUUUAG